AUGCCGUCUGUAACGCUUCAAGAAACGAGAGGAGCACUUUGCUUUGCCCUGGAUACCUCAGUCACAUACACCAAUCCAGAUGGGACGACUACAAUGACGAAGGAUCCCUCGAUCAAACAAGUACCAGCCGUCACGACCCUUUUAGCAGUCGGUUGCAAACGAAAGAUUGUUAUUUACGUAUGGAAGGAUGGACAACUGCAAACGCCACCAAAGGAAGUUCCGCUUCCUCACUCUCCUCGAGCGAUGGCGUUUCCCUCACCUAAAGUGAUUGCCAUGGCAUACACCGCGACGGAACACGCCCUUUUUUAUUUGGAUACGAUGUCAGUGGCAGACAUCGUCUUACCCACAGCUCUUCAUCCCAGUACCUCCUCUGGUCUGACUGGGGCGAUGGGCAUGGGUAUGAACGCAAUUUCAGGAUUGGGUGGUUAUAUGACUCUGGGCUUGGGGGCGAAGAGCAAGCCUUCAGUCAUCAAGACGGCAGAUGGGGAGUUUACUAUUCCAAAAGAAAAUUCCAGCUUAUUCCUAGGCGUUGACGGGAAACCAUCGCGGAAUUUGGGUAUAGAAUGGCCAGGUACACCUGAGGAAAUUGCCUUUACAAAGCCGUACCUUGUAUCGAUCCUUCCAGCGAUCGCUCAAGCCACCAAUGCCUCACAAGUAUCCACAAGUGCAAUUCUCCAAGUCCGGUCUUCACUAUCUUUCAGCGUCUCACAACAACUCUAUUAUCCCUUUGCUCCGUUGAACCUCAGCAAACCCGCGAACAAUGUUCAAUACAACUUUAGGGUUCUUUCCUCCAGCCCGAACGCCGUUUUUUUGACGUCAGCACCGAAUGAUCGUUAUACUCUGGGUGCAGAGGGAACAGUAUUAUGGAUGCUCACGAUGAAGCCGUGGAAUACCCAGCUCGAUGAGCUCGUUAAGGAUUGCAAGUAUACGGAUGCUCUCAUGCUUCUCGAGUCUAUUGACGACAGCGCUCUAACCGACAAGGCCAAGCGACACGCUCACAUCAGUGCUCUUCAUGGGGCUGCGUUGCUCGCACAAAAGCAGUAUCGGCCCGCGAUAGAUGUAUUCCUCAAACUCGAUCUCAACCCUGCAAAAGUAGUCUCUAUGUUUCCGGUUGAGGUUUCUGGAAGACUCGCUCAGCCUCAGUCGUCUUGGAUUGGACUGUUCGGUGAAGAGGCGCCCAAGGAAACAGCCGCUACAUCACUGCUUAACGACGUAACUGCAACAGAGGGAUCGGCUGACGUUGUCUCUGUGGUCCAAGAUUCAUCAACUGCCUCUCCAUCAGUGUCAGUCCAAGCAGUAGCGUCUCAAGAGAAGCCAGACACAAACUCGAAGGACUAUCGCGACUCUAUUGACGGACUACUGGAAUACUUAUCCGAUAACCGACGAAAGAUCACCGGUGCUCUGGCAGCUCUCAAUAUUGCAUCAUCACAAGACGUUAAGAUAUCGAGGCUUUCUGAAGUCUCCGUUGGCGAGAUUCUGGCGCUACCGGACGCCGCCCCAGGCGCUUUAACCCCCGAACAGCUCUUCCGGUUUGCGCAAAUUGUAUACACAGCAUUGUUCAAGGCCUACUUAGUGGUCAGACCUGGCCUCAUUGGAUCUCUAUGCCGUAUCGACAACUGGUGUGAAGUGUCCGAAGUGGAGAACGAAUUGCGAGCGCGGGGGAAAUUUACAGACCUAAUGUAUCUUUACCAAGGAAAGAAGAUGCAUGACGAGGCUCUUAGGCUGUUGAAGGACCUAGGGGAGAAGGAGACAGACAAGGACGAAAAGCUCGAUCCAACCGUCACGUAUCUCCAGAAACUCGGACCAGAGUAUCUCGCUCUCAUUUUUGACGGCGCGAAGUGGGUUCUAAGUCACGACUACGACAAAGGAUUUCAGAUAUUUACUUCCGAGGAACAUGAUCUGCCGAGAGACGACGUCGCCAACUUUCUGGAAGACAUUGAUCCAAGAUUGUCCAUUCGCUACGUCGAGUACUUAAUCGAUGAACGCAAGGAAUCAAGCGGAGAUUUUCACGACAGGCUCGGAGAACUGUAUCUACAUUGCGCCCUGGACCCGAAGCUUUCACCAGAUGACAGGGAUAAAUCUGCGCAAAGGUUGAUCACAUUCCUCGAGACGUCCACUCAUUAUCACCCGGAUCGUAUUCUGGCUUCCUUGCCAGGGGACAAAUUACUUGAAGCUCGAGCCAUUCUGCUCGGUCGAUUAGGUGAACACAAAGCCGCCCUAUCCAUUUACGUCUAUCAAAUGAGUAAUUUCUCAAAGGCAGAGGAAUAUUGUAAAAUGGUCCACCUUGCAAACCCUGAUCAACGUGGCAUCUUCAUGAUGCUGCUCAAACUGUAUCUCCGUCCAGAGAAUCUCAGGACCUCAGACCCGACAUCGCCAAAAAUUCCGUAUCUUCGACCCGCCUUGGAUUUGAUAUCCCGGCAUAGCCCGCGACUCGACGCGGUGGAAACAUUGCAGCUACUGCCACCGCUCGUGACAGCAUCUGAUGUGUCCGAGUAUCUUUGUGAGGCCCUAAGAACUCCUCGAGUCCACGUGCGAAUUGAAAGGGAGAUUUGGAAGGCACAUACGGAACAAGUUUCUAGGAAUCUUGUUGCGUACGAGUCGCGAAGAGUAAAGAUUACAGAUACACGAUUGUAA